ACGCAGCAGAGAAUCGUUGAUUCUGAUUUCAGUCCGCAGUUGACCUGGCGCGACAUACAGCACCUGACGGUUCUAACGUCGAAGAGGAACUCGCUGUUCGACGCGAAGGGAAGAUUCCACUGGACGAUGAACGGGGUUGGCCUCGAAUUCAACCACCUCUUCGGCUACGGCGUAUUGGACGCUGGCGCGAUGGUCGCGCUGGCGAAAAAAUGGAAAACCGUGCCGCCACGAUAUCACUGCGAGGCUGGCUCUGUGCUCGAAACACACUCUCCUCCCCAGCAUAUCACAGAGCUCGACCGACGAGAAUUUCCUUUUCACAGGGAAGUGACGAGCGAUCGAUCGAUCCUGCUGAAAAUAAAGACUGAUGCCUGCGCCGGCACCGAGUACGCCGUCAACUAUCUGGAACACGUGCAGGCCGUCAUUUCCGUGAACGGUACGCGACGAGGUGAUCUCGAGUUGUUCCUCACUUCUCCCAUGGGCACCAGAUCGAUGAUCCUCAGCCGAAGGAUAAACGACGACGAUCACCGAGACGGCUUUACGAAAUGGCCGUUCAUGACUACUCACACGUGGGGCGAGUAUCCCCAAGGGAACUGGUUGUUGGAGGUGAGCUUCAAUACUCAAACUCUGCAACACGGAUGGAUCCGAGAGUGGACUCUGAUGCUGCACGGCACCAGAGAGCCACCUUACACUGGACUUCCGGCGGCGGACCCGCACUCGAAGCUGGCGAUCGUGAAGAAGGCCCACGAGGAACGGUCGUCAGCCAUGUAA